AUUUAUAUUCUAGAAUCGAAAAACCAAAAACUAAAAUAAACCGAACCAAUACCGGAAAUGCCAGGUAAGUGUGUGACAAAUGACAUGAGAUGCCCAACAUCCUCUAAACAAACACCUUGCCGUUUCUUACUACACAAAAACAACGUGACGUCUACUACCUUCUCAAACCAUCCUCUUCUUCUCAGACUCAAAACUAACUCGCAACCUCUCCACGAUCCCUUCGAAACUCGCAAGCACAAAAAAAUGGAGAAGAAGCGUGAAGGAGGAGGAGGAGCAGUCGAAAGAACGAGCCAGAUCGUAUCAGAUCCCUACUACUUCCUCCACUUCAUGGCCUUCUUCUCCUACCUCCCGAUCCGCGCCUCCGCCGCACCCUACACCUCUCACCGCCUCUUCGACAGAGAACUCCAAGCCUUUCUAGCCUUCCUCAUGUUCUCAGCUAUAAAGAUGGUUAGGGAGGAGACGUGGGAGGCUUUCGUUGCUGAUAGCUUUCUCUACGCUAAGAUCUUUCUUAUUGGUGUUUCUUUGGUUAUGGAUUAUCGAGUUGCGAUCUGGUUCUGUGUCAUUUUCUCAGUUGUGUAUCUUUUAGCUCAACAGCCAGCGUUUAGUAAGUUAGGAACUGCGAAGAAGCUGACACCUAUGCAGUUGGAGGAUUUGCUAUCAGAUGGGACCACAACUAAGUACUGGUUGAUAGAAUUCUAUGCAUGUAGUUCAUCAAAGUGUGUUCGUUCAAGCCGCUGCUUUCCCGAGCUCUCCAUCACGUACUCGAAUAGUCUUUUGUCUUUUGGAACCAUAGACCUUGGACUUUUCCCUAAUGCUGCAUCAAAGUUCGGAAUAUCUCUUGCCGGUGGAAUGUCUCAGCUUCCAACAUACAUAUUAUAUGAAAAGGGUGUAGAAGUUCAUCGGUUCCCAGACUUUUAUGUUGACGCUGCACCGUCUUUACCCGUAACCAAGAAACUUCUGUGUCAACAUUUUGAGCUCGAUAGGCUUCUGCUUGACUACAUCAACGGAUCAUAGCCAGAAAAUACGACGAUAUGUAGAUGGCUUCUCGUGAGAAGAGCAGUAUGAACACAUGAGCCCGCCAUGGGGACUAUGAGAGGCAAACAUUUUGGUCUCUCGCAUUCUUAUAAUGGGCAUUUUUUAGUGAGGCUGGCCUGAGGAAACGAUAGAUACUGUUUGUGUGUUAUAGAGAGAUAAGAAGAUUAUGCUAAAAUUCUUGAAUUUGAUUGAUGCUAAUGAAAACUUCUGAGUUUCUAGUACC